CUCAGUUACUACGAACUACUCUGGAGUUACAUCGUGCUUCGAGUUUCGUGUAAGAUAGACCAUUUCACAUUCCUGUUUAUCACAGCGAACACAGGACUGUUCAUGAAAUACAAAGAUUGCUCAAUAUUAAUUUUGUUGAUCUCAAUAUUUUUUAGUCGCUGUUUAUAUAUUAGUUUCAAUUUGCCCUGAUUUUUCUGUCUUUUUUUCGAAUCUACAUUUACCUUGCAUUUUGUUGAAUAGUUGAUAAUUAAUAUUUGUGUUUUCAUUUAAACUUGUUUGUUUUUUUUCCUUUGUAUUUUGCAAAAAUGUUCUCUGUCUGUUCGUCCUUGCGUCAUUUCGCUCGUUUUUACUUAUGUCCUCUUGUAGUUUUCUUUAACUUGUUCUCGUUUUUGUUCUCGGCACUAUUCAGACCUGGACAUUCUUCCUAGGCUCGUGAAAUAUACAGUUGAAUGAUCGAUCGAUUGAUUUAUGUAUUGAUUGGUUGAUUCAUUACCCCUAUUAUUUCCCGCAGGGAAUAAAUGUGGACUGGAACUAUCCGGGAGACGCAUGCAGCCGUCCCGUCUACACCAAGGGCAUUUUCUUUCGGCUGAUAAGCUGGCUUAACAGCUCUGGUCUGCGCCUCAUUGUCACCGUCCCGCCAGUGAAGUCACGACUCAGCGCCUACAGCCUCGACGAAAUAUUCAGCGCAGUCGAUUACGUCAUCAUCAAGACGCACACGCACACAGCGCCCCCAUCACUGCGCAAUGUCGUCAGGUGCAGCGGCGACCAGAGCGCAGCGGCAGACGUUUUCAACGCAGCGCUCAGUACGUUCAACAUGACCGACAAGGCGAAUCUGGGAUACAGCAUUUCGGUGGGUCCUGAGACUUUCAAGGCCCAGGCCGCCCAGCUGGGAGCUCCUGUGCUGGGUAUGAUCCAAUGGGACAACACCACGCUUCAGCCCGGCCGGACGAGCUACGCCUCCGUAUGCACACACACUCCUGUUCUCAGGACAGCCUGGCAUCCUCAGUGCCUCAUCGUCGCCCGCCGGAUUGACAAUCAAACUGUGCACGUGGCGACGUUCGCCGACGAGUACGCGCUGCAGAAGCGCAUGAACCGCACGUACGCGGACCAAAUGGCCAUGGCGCCCGUGGCCGUGUUCGACAUCGACCUGGACGACUUCGCUGGAAACUGCACUGGCGUCAUGUCACCGCUCAUACGUGUCGUCGCCACGGGGCCCGGCUGACUUGUCGGUGACGACGGGCGACGUGCAGGGAUUGAUUGACCAGGAAGCGGCCUCACUCCCUGGACGAGACACGCCUCGCCGACGGCGCGGCUCAACAGGCGUGCGCGGAAGCAAAGGGAGUUGUUCCCUAGGUUAAAUGAGCCACCUCGAAUUGAUGGCUCGAAUUUGCUGUCCUGAACAAAAAUUUGGUGUCAUAACGUAGGUGCGAGAUAGCACGGACGAUCUAGUUUUUUUUUUCUGCGCCUAUAAAAACGCUUGUUCGACUUAAAAGUAGCGCAUUGGCUUCGUUGCAUGGUGCGUGACAAAUCAGGUCUGAAAUGGGGGAGUAGGGGAGUUUGUUGUGAAGAUGAAGCCUGGCCGACGGUGAUGGUUCAGACUCGCUGGAUCAUGACCAGAGCAGAAAGCGCAUAUUCCAUCGAAAAGGCGCCUCUAGCGACUGAAAAUCCAGGCGGGAUCACCAUUUAUAGAAAUAAGAAGGAAAAUACAAAAAAGAAAUCGGACUUCGGUGAUUCUUCCGGCACUGAACUCUUUCGAAGUGACAGCAUCGUUUUAAGAACAACUGCGUCCUUGUGGUGCGCACACCGUCGCCGCCUUCCGCCACAAUAUUGCACGCUGUGGCCUACGCAAUGGGUGCGCAGGUUCCACCGCUGUUGCACACUAGCGCGGUGUUUAAGACGCCCUGUUCGCAUUUGCACAUUUUUGGCAAGAGCGUUCGUUGGUUCACCAUCGUUUGUCAUGGGCGAAGUAUGCUUUUAUUCUCCAUAUUGUGAUGGCAAAUUCAAGGAAGCGUUUAGACGAAGGAAUUUCUCCCUGGUGUUCCCGACCCCCUGCAUGAUAAGAGAGAAAGCAAGACUUACUAUUGUUUUUUGAUGGAAGUUUGAGACAGGUUCCCUAAGUACGAUAAGUUAGACCCAUAUGCCUUCACGAUUGUGUGGGACCGUAUGACAGUUUAUGCGUGUUCUACGAGAAAUACGAGUCUGUACGUGUUAUACAAGAAAUGUUCGUACCAACAGAUUCCAUCCAGUCCUGAUUUCUAACGUAUUAUCAGCAAAGGCUACCGUCCAAUACCAAACAGCACUUACGACACGUAGUGCUGUGAAUUACUUGCAUGUCAAGGAAUUUAGAACAUUGCCGCUUCGGCAAUGUGUUAAACAUGACCGUAGUACAGCAGCGUAACUCAAUCGGCAACAGAAAAAUGUUUUUAAAAAGAUUGGCCGAGCUGCAACAAAUUUCAAAUAGCAAAGUCGAUAGGGUACUUCCUUCUAAUAACACACGCACUUAUGACAUUUAGACGGCACUCAGUGCUGCGGUAUAGUAUUCUGGUCCACACCAAAACACUCCUUUGAAGCAGCAGCGAAGUGCUAUCAUUGCGAAGGGUCAAUACCCAAAAUUCCUUCGUAUGUACAUAGCACGCUUUGCUCGAGGCAGCUGAUGUUUCUUGUCGCAUUCACGUACAUAGGUAUAGUUACCAUGCCCACUUCCCCUCAUACUCUCAAAAGUGCAGGGCAAGGUGCUUGUUCUUAGGUGUUAUUGAUAUGAUAUAAGGAGUUGUUGACGCACAAUUGAAGACGCCGGCUACUCCUUAGCUCUUGAAAGAGUCUAGCUUACAACAUACAGGGUACAGGAUUACAUGCCUGUAAAAAAAGAAAAGAAAAAAGAAAAAUACCACGUGACGUACCCGCUUGCGCGCCCUGAUUGCAGUGCUCCCAAACUGUCCGCGUACAAAAGAACAUAGCAUUUAGCAGAGCGUGCUGCCGCUUAAAAGGCGACAAGGCAGUGACGAAUGCGUUGGCUGUGCGAUUUACGCUAGCGAUGUGCUUCGCUCUCGGCUGUUCAUAAUAGCGAUAAGCGGACGCAGCAGCGGCACACCCGGCUAUAUUCUAUGCUCGUUUGUGCGCGGAACGCUUGGGAGCAUAUAAUUUUGGCGCAAGACUUGGCAAGACUGUGCAAACCAGCUAUUAGGUCGUGUAGAAUGGCGUUACUCACUUGAACCCAUCGGUUUCAUCCGACUGUUUUUGUUUCAUUUCCUUGCGUGUUUGUUCAAAGUCUGGCGUGCGCUUCACUUCAAAUUUUGCGCGACCUAGCGCAUGGCGUUCUUUGGCGAAAGAUGUGAGUGGGGACUUUUGCUUAUCGUGAAAAUUUACGCUGCGGCAUCCGACGCGCUGUGCCUCGUCGUGACGAUAAAUGCGCAACGCUCCGCGAAGAAACGUCGCGACACAACACAGGCUCUGAAUGUCCGACGUACAGCAAAAUUAGUAAGUUGAACGUUUUCUAAUAAUGUUGGACAAUGUUGUCUUUUUUGAUACCUGUUCGACAUGAAUUCAUGGUGUCGCGCGGAAUUGCGAAUGAUAUUGUGAAAAGGUUUCGCAUAUGUUGCUAUACAUUACGACUAUGGGAUGGCCAUAGCACUUUUCAUCCAAUGAAACAUGUUUUGUUUGGUCACUUAUAUUGGUCGCUAUAUUUUGGACGAAUAAAAAUGAAGUUGGUUUUGGAACCUUUGUGACACUGUCAUUUAUUUCCAUCCUAUUCACUCACUUUCAUAAGGAACCUACUGGAGCAAGUGUCGUCAAUAAUAGCCUAAUUAUGUCCACAUUAAGACAUACGCCACUCCUAUAGUUUAUGGAGACAGUGGCACUUUAGAUGAGGUGAGUCUUAUCUCGCUUCAGCCUCAAAAAAAAAAAAAAGUGGAGGCUUAUCAAGGUUAAGCCCAGUGGAUGCUUCGCAUCCACUGGACUUAACCUUAGCGUAUCCUUAGCGUUUGGAGGCAUCUUGACCGCAUACACGCCCGGCGCAAAGACGCUGGCGUGGUUGCGGGCACAGAGACUGACGCGACGGCGGGCGCGCGCCGCUUCAUCCCUGCCGCGACGUCACAUAUCACGUGAUGCAGCGAUGGUGGCGCCGCCGCCGCGUCGCGCGCGAGGCGCGAACCGAAGCGUGGAGGCCUCCGCCGGGCGACGUCCGACGGCGCGAUAUGAGGCCCCAUCUGCAGCCGGUGUGACGUCAUCACGUGACGUCACAUCAUGUGAUCUCACUUCAGGGUCAAUGGUGGCCACCGCCGGGAGGCGACCGACGGCGCGAUAUGAGGCCCCAUCAGCAGCUGGUGUGACGUCAUGUCACGUGACCUACUUGAAGGUCACUUGAAGGCCAAUGGUGGCCACCGCCGGGAGGCGACCGACGGCGCGAUAUCAGGCCCCAUCUGCAGCCGGUGUGACGUCAUCACGUGACGUCAUGUCACGUGACCUACUUGAAGGUCACUUGAAGGUCAAUGGUGGCCACCGCCGGGCGUCGCGCGAAGGCCCGAAACCUACGUUAAUAUG